UUUAUCUGACAGGCCAGGUAAGCUGGUAAUCACAUCACUUGUGUGCAGAUCGAUCUGAACAUGAAGGAUUUCUUUGAAGCUUUUCUACAAAAAUAAGAAUCCGUUUGUGCCCCAACAGAGAAGUCUGGUCUGUGGUGCAGCAGCCUCUCCUCUGCUGGGAGGGGCUCUGAAGGUAUAAAAGAGGAAAAGUUCUGAAUCUCCUGCAGCAAGCCUCAGCUCCGCCUGCCUUCUCCUGCUGGGACAUCCUCCUCGUCUUCCUCCUCUCCUUCUGGGACCAGCACCAUGGACAGUUCCAGAACGCUUCGGGGGCURCUGCUCCUGGGCCUGCUGUCCAUCCUGACCUGCAGCCAGGCGACCCGACAGAACUCUGCAGAGAACUUUGAACUGCAGACAUCAGAACCAGCUGCAGACAGAGACUUGGUAGAAGCCCUGGAGGCUCUGUUGGACCGGAUGAAUAAUCAUAUCUCUUCCACAGAGAAGAGAGGGAGCAUUCCUCUGUGUGAGAUGGGGAACCGCUGUGCCAUGAAGUUUGGGCCUCGGAUCGGGAAGCUCUGCGACUGUGGAAGAGGAGCAAACUGCAACUCCUACCUCCUCAAGUGCAUCUGACUGACCAGCUUUUCUUUUCUUUUUGGUUUAGUAUGAUUUCCUCCAUCAGUCUGCACAACUCAUCCCUCUUCCUGUUCCYGCUCAGUGUCAUCUAUCGUCCUGUGUGAGCUGCUGUUCAGGCAGCUGCUGCCUGAGGAGGAGCAUGYGUUUUCCUCUGCCGACAGUCCUGACUGAGUCCUGCAGCAUGUAGAUGUCUCACUUCUAAUAAACACGUCUCAGUCAACAUUUGCUGCUUCGUUUACUCACAGUUUGCUCAWGUGGUUUCUCCCUGAGAACAACAUUUGUCUUUAGAGUAAAAAUGCAAUUAGAAGCUUCUAAUUAAAUUCAAACAAUAAAUCAAAUUAAUUCUAACAAAUCUAAUUCAAAGCUGACACUGACUGAAGAAGUGCUUCGACAACGAUAAAGGAGAGC